GGAAGAGCCUGAAUGUUAUCAGACAAGGAAAAGGUGACACGACGUGAGGGAGAUAACCUGAAGGGAUUGGAAAAAGAGGAAUAAAAAAAUGAUGAGGAGCCCGAUAUUUACUUUUGUUUUGUCCCUCUUCUGUAUGGUGGGCCUGCUGACUACUCUCGUGUGGCAUAUAAUGGAUAACAAUUUUCAAGAGAGUAACCAUCAACAGCUUAAAAUAAAAAGUCAACCUCACUCCUUUGCUUCCUGUAAAAACUGUGGGGAGAAUAUUAAGAAAGCUUUAGAAGUUUACUCUGAACCCUGGACCAGGCAAGACUACAAUUAUGAAAAAUUAAGGCUGGACCUAAAAGCCAAUGUCAAUGGUUUUGAUACGGCCAUCAUUAGCCAGAUGAACACUCCAGUGGGAUCGCAGAUUGUUUAUGACGGAGAACGAAAGAGGACCUUUGUUGUGGAUCCUAAGGUUUUCAACUUAUUUACAAAAGGGCAUCCUUUUUCAAAUAAAAGAUGGGACACAUGUUCUGUAGUCGGGAAUGGUGGGAUCCUGGGGAACAGCAGCUGUGGAAAAAUGAUAGAUUCAGCUGAGUUUGUUAUCAGGUGCAACCUGCCUCCUUUGUCAGACGGUUAUGAGAAACAUGUUGGUACUAAAACAGACCUUGUGACUGCAAACCCAACCAUCCUCAUAAACAAAUUUGAGUCGCUGGUAGGACGUCGACGGCCACUAAUGGAAAAGCUUAGUAACUAUGGCAACUCAAUGUUGGUCCUUCCUGCCUUCUCCUUUGGCAUGAACACAGCUGUAUGUAUGAGAACUUUUUACGCCAUUCAAGACUUUCAAGAUGCCAUCCAACCUGUCAUCAUCAAUCCUGAGUACAUCUAUAAACUCUUUCUCUUUUGGCGUUCACAUGGGCUGAAAGAAGCGCGCCUCAGCACUGGAGUUAUAAUGGCAAGCCUAGCUUUGGAGCUUUGUGACAAUGUGCAUCUUUAUGGAUUUUGGCCCUUCAGUGUUCAUCCAUACAACUUCAGAAACCUGACUCAACAUUAUUAUGAUGACAUGAAACCAAAUUCCAAUUUUCACUCCAUGCCAUCUGAAUUCAACAUGUUGUUGCAACUUCACAAACAAGGUGUCCUUCGCCUGCACCUGGGAGAAUGUGAACCAGAUCACUAUCAGUAACAGGGCAAGACUUUUCUCUGUAGCGACAAGACAGGGAAAUUAUUGUGAUUAUGCCAAGUGGAACCGCAAACUUUGUUCUUUAGACGUUAAGCUAUCAAAACACAUUCUUAAUGCUAAAAUGAGGUGGGCUCUAUUUAUAAUAAUUGUUAAUAAAAAUGUGCUAAAACAAAAUUCCCACUAUAGUUCUGCAAGUCAUUAGGAUUGAUAAAUAAGGACUGCAAAACAAAGGGCAGUCUCUGAUAUUUCACUAAAUUAAUAACCAAUCGCAUCUCCGUAUUGGAUAAAACAAAAUUAGCUAAUAAUAUAAGAAGGAUAAUUCCUUAACACAGUCUCAGAUUUGACAAGGGAGAUUUCGGUAGAGUACAGUUAAAUAAAAUAAGUUGCUUGUUCAGACAAACUACAUGAAUUUAUUGAGCAGAUUUUCAAUUGGUUCUGAUUAACUACAUAUGAACUUGCAGAUUUUGAAAUCCCAUUGAAACACAGGUUUAGCAUAUUAGCUACAUGUGAAACAUUUUGAGUUGUGAAUGAUGUCAGUAAACAUGUAAAACCAGUUUUUAUGUCCAUACUAUAAGAUCAAAAAGAUUAUAUGAGUAAUUUCAAGCAGGAAGAUAUAUUAUAUGAUAAGUUAAAAUGAAUAAUUAAUGUUGAAUUGAUGAAGAAACAUAUUCUGAAAGUAUUCAGAAGUUAGUAGACCUGUAGCUUGAAGCAAAACAGGCAGCCACCAAGGAUUAACUGAGAUGAAAUGAUAUUGCAGAACAUUCUAACAAACUGACACCAAGGUCAAGCUGCAGCAAAUAAAAAAACAAACAGGAACAUUUAAAUGUAUUUAUUUUUUUGACAGUAAAA